UCCAAUUAACCCACUUUCGUUCUUCAAGAUUUCAUCUUUGUCGUCUCCAAUGGCGACUUCUUCGACUUCUUCCUCCCACCAAGAUAACCCACAAAAGGUCCAAUUCCCGUUGGACUCCGCCGCAUACAAAGACCUCCAAGAAAUCGGCUCUGGCGACAAGGUCGUCGUCUACAAGGCCGUCUGCGUCCCCAUGAACUCUGCAAUCGUCGCAAUCAAGUCCGUUGACCUCAAUCAAUCCACGGCCGAUUUCGAGGGCAAGCUACGCGAUACCAAGACUCUGUCUCUUUCCCACCCCAACAUUCUCAGCGACCAUUGCUCCUUCACCACCGCCGACCGCCGUCUCUGGGUGGUUAUGCCGUUCAUGGCCUUCGGCUCUCUAAUCUCCUCCUCUGCUUUCCCGGAAGGAUUACCAGAGCCCUGCCUUGCUGUUGUCCUGGAAGAGACGCUAAACGCCAUGUCGUAUCUCCAUGGUCAGGAACACGUCCACGGCGACAUCAAACCCGGAAACAUCUUGGUUGACUCUGAUGGGUCUGUUAAGCUCGCCGACUUCGGGGUCUCUGCUUCUUUCUACGGCGCCGAUCAUUCAACUGGGACAAACGACACUUCUGCAACGCCGUAUUGGGUGGCACCCAACGGAGGUGGAUGCAAGGCGGAUAUCUGGGCAUUUGGGAUCACGGCGCUGGAAUUGGCUCUCGGCGGCCCACCCGUGUCUGACCUGCCGCCGUUUUUAGAGUCUCAGAUUCUGAAGAUCAAGAACAGGUUCCCGUUUUCCGAUUACAAAAACAUCAUCAAAGAUUUCAAGAACAAGAAGUACUCUGCGGAUUUCAAGGACUUGGUGGUUUCUUGCCUUGAUCGGGACCCCGAAAAGAGGCUGGCGGCGGAGACGCUGCUGAAGCACUCGUUUUUCCACAACUACAGUGGCAAGGAUUUUCUGGUGGGGACUGUGCUUCCGCAUUUGGAGAGUGUUGAGGAGAGGUUCAAGAAAAGAAACAGGGGUUUGGGUGAAUUGUUGGGCAAGGAAAAAUGUGGAGAACUAAGGGCUGAGAAUAUGGGGUUUACCGGAUGGAAUUUCAAUGAGGACGAUUUUGUUUUCAACCCGGUUUUUUCCACUGAGUCGUCUUCUACUUCCAGCUCUGAGUCUUCGGGCGGCGGCAAAUCCCCGCUGUCAAUAUUUGCAAAGAGGUUGGCAAAGCAAAUACAGAUUGUGGUGAUGAUUAUUCGUCUGUUGACGGAAGUAGUUGAGGUGAGCACACAGGAUCAAGUAGAGAUUCAGAGGCUGAAAGGUGAGUUGGAGAACAAGAAGGAAGAUAUUUUGCAGUUCCAGGAUAACUUGGAAAGGUUUGUUUUGGACCUGGCUAUUCCAGCUGCGUCGUCUUCUACUUCCAGCUUUCCGGCCGAGUCUUCCAACCGCGGCAAUGCACGGCUGGUGGAAUUGCGGGAAAUUGCAAGAAAAUUGGACGAGCAGAUGGAGAAUGUGAAGAGUAUUAUUGGUCAGUUGGGACAAACAGGAGAGGUUCAGAUGCUGAAGAGUGAGUUGGAGUCUGAGUACGACAUAUGUGUGAACUUUCAGGUAGAGUUGGAGGUGAUCAUGCAAGGGCUGUACACUGAUGAAAGUGAUUAGUAAGAUUUUUCCAGGAAUCUGCAUUUGCAGAGGGUUUGCUUUUUGAAAAAAUGGUGAACCUUUUGGAUGCUUUUUCAUGGUUAGGAGAGAGAAUGGAGUUUUAGAGCAUUAAUAUUCAAGUGUUCAGAUUCUGAUUACAUAAUUUGGGACUUGUCAUUUGUAAAG